GCUAUCAAAGUGGAUACCCUAUCGGACCAUCUGUGGUGAUCGGCGCCCCACCCGGCAGUGGUCAUCCAGCAAUGGCAGCUGCGGUGAUAGUGAACGUGCAGGGGUUCGGUCCGUAUCCAAUGCAAGUGACGUGUAGUCACUGUAGCGCACAAGUGAUGACCGAAACGGUCGCCUCUCCCGGACUCUUGACUUGGCUUUUGUCCGGCACUCUCUUCCUCGUC